AUGAAGUUGAUCGCUGCAGAACCACUCGUGGUCGACCCUGUGGCGAUGGUCUACGACGAGAAUGGUGCGGCCUACGUUGCCGAAAUGCGGGACUAUCCCUACACGGACAAGACUACGGAUGUUCCGUUCCAAGACCGCACCACCGACGAACCCAUCGGGCGAGUGCGGCUCCUCCUCGAUAACGACGGCGACGGUCAGUUCGACGAAAGCUUCAUCUUUGCCGAAGAACUGUCGUGGCCCACGGGCUUGGCUUGCUGGAAGGGCGGUGUUUUCGUCGCCGCCACGCCAGAUAUCUGGUAUCUGAAAGACACCGACGGCGAUCACAAGGCCGACAUCCGCCAGCAGGUCUUCACCGGCUUCCGCAAGUACAACGUGCAGGCCGUGAUGAACAACCUCACGUGGGGGCUCGACAACCUCAUCUACGGCGCGGCCUCGGGAAAUGGUGGCACCAUCGAACAGCCCGGAAAAGCGGAUAAACCGCCGGUGCCUGUCUCGCGGCAAGACUUUCGCUUCGACGCCGAGACCCUCGCCUUCGAAUCGAUCUCCGGUGGGGCUCGCUUCGGUAACACGUUCGACGAUUGGGGAAAUCGCUUCAUCUGCAACAUCCGAAACCCGGUGCAGCAUGUUGUGCUGCCGCGGCGCUAUCUGGCCCGCAACCCGUUCCUGCCGGUGCCCCUCGCACUGCACGACGCCGCCGAAGCCGGAGAUCAGCUGCCGGUCUUUCGCAUCAGCGCACCGGAACCGUGGCGAACACUUCGGGCACAACGUUGGGCGAACUCCAGCGAACGAAGCUAUCCCCGCAGUGAGACCGCCUCCACCGGGUUCUUCACUUCCUCCAGCGGAAUCACUAUCUACCGUGGGUCGGCCUACCCACCCGAGUUCUACGGCAACGCGUUCCUGGGCGAGGUGGCCGCCAACAUCGUUCAUCGGCAGCAGCUCUCACCCGCUAGCGUCACGUUCGACGCAGAACGCGCCGACGAGCAGCGCGAGUUCGUAGCCUCGACCGACAAUUGGUUUCGGCCGGUCAAUUUUGUGAACGCCCCCGACGGGUCGUUGCACAUUCUCGACAUGUACCGUGAGACGAUCGAACACCCCUGGUCGAUUCCCGACGACAUCAAACAACACCUCGACCUGGAAAGCGGUCGCGAUCGAGGUCGCAUCUAUCGGCUCGAAUACGGCGAUCAGCCGAAAUCCACACCGACACCAAGGCUGGGUGAAGCCUCGAUCCUGGAACUCGUGCAACAUCUCGAACACCCUGACUGCUGGUGGCGAGAAACGGCCCAUCGCUUGAUCUUCGAACGGCAAGACCCCGCCGCGGUCGAUUCCCUUCGACAACUCGUGCAGAGUUCUCCAAGUGCCCAGGCCCGUGUCCACGCUCCAUGGUUACUAGAUGGCCUUAGAGCCCUGACUGACAUUGAACUACUCACCGCCCUCGACGACAAGGACGAACACGUCCGAGAGCAUGCCGUGCGUUUGGCCGAGAUGCGCAUUAAGGAUUCACCAUCCCUGGCAGAAAAAAUCGUCGCUCUGUCGGCCGACCCCUCGCCACGCGUCCAGUUUCAAGUCGCCUUCACCCUGGGAACCAUCCCCGGCGAUGCUUCCACCAAUGCCCUGGCCAGUAUCGCAGCGCAGAAUCUCGACGACCCCUGGAUUCGUUCCGCUGUGCUGAGUUCUGCCGUGAACAACACGGUGGACGUCCUGAAACAACUGGCUAAUGACCAACACAUUGCAAACCGCAACGAACCGGCCCCGAUGCUCGAACAAUUGGCUUUUAUCGUGGGGGCUAGAAACGCCGACGAAGAAGCCCAACACGUUCUCGAAAACCUCAUCGCCACAGAUCUACCGCUAACCUUACGCCAGAGCAUUCUCCACGGCCUCGCCGAUGGUCUCCGCACUGCCGGCCAAGACGUAAACUCAGUCGUCGCAGCCGCUUCCCCGCAAGUAUCUACCGCAACCGCACAGCUUUUCACGGCGGCCGAGACCACGGCUUCCCAAGAGGAAUUACCCCUUUCCGAGCGGGAGCAGGCAAUCACCUUGCUGGGAAUGCAAGAAUUCUCAAAAGCCGGCCCGGCACUUGCGGCUCUGGUCGACAAUCGCCAACCCGCAGAGUUGCAACUCGCCGCCGUCACGGCCCUCAGCCGCAUCCGUCACCCCGAUGUCGCUCCUCUGCUGCUUGAAGGGUGGACGGGACAUACUCCGGCGGUGCGCACCGAGGUGUUAGCAACCCUCAUGACUCGGUCCGAAUGGAUCACCGCGAUGCUCGACGCCAUCGAGGAGGGAAAGAUACCCGUCGGACAGAUCCCGCUGCCACAGCGAGACAAACUCGUAGGCCACCGCGAUGAGAGUAUCCGCCACCGUUCCGAGAAACUUUUCUCUCAAGGAACAACCGCAUCGCGUGCCGAAGUCGUAGAAUCAUAUCACCAAGCCCUAACCCUCACCGGCAAUUUGCCACAAGGACUUGAGGUGUUUCGUAAGAACUGUGCCACCUGCCAUCAACGCGCUGGCGAAGGCAAGGCCGUUGGCCCAGCCAUCGAAACGGUGCGGCACCGCACGCCCGACGAAUUGUUGGUGCACAUUCUCGACCCGAAUAGGGAAGUCUCGCCCGACUACGUCGAAUACUCGGUGGUGCUCAACGAUGGCCGCACUCUCACCGGGCUAAUCGCUUCGGAGACGGCCACCAGCAUCAAUCUCCGCAGGGCCGAGGGGGUCGAAGAAACCGUGCUGCGAGCCAACAUCGACGAACUGGCCUCCGCCGGUCGAUCGCUGAUGCCUGAAGGCCUCGAAAAGUCGAUCACUCCACAAGCCAUGGCCGACCUCAUCAAGCUGAUCCGCAGCGAGAAAUCGUCACCCGUGUUCCAAGCUGGGGCGGCCACCAGCAACAUCACGCCACCGUUGGGUGAACUGAUCGUGGGGAAUUGGGAACCGAUCCCGGCCCGGCACAUUCACGAUGAGCUGCACGCGCGGUGUCUCGUGCUGGACGACGGCGAUACGAAGCUGGCAAUCGUCCUCUGUGACAAUGUGGGCAUUCCAGCCGAGGUGUUCGACGCGGCCAAGCAGCAAGUGCACGAGUCGACCGGCAUCCCACCGAGCCAUCAGUUGCUGGCUUCCACCCAUACCCACUCGGCCACCACCGCACGUGGCAAGUGCAAGAUGAUUCGCGAUACCGUGCUGACCGAGUAUCAACAGUUUGUCGCCCGCCGCAUCGCCGAUGGUGUCCGCUGUGCGAUGAAUCAAUUGGAACCCGCCCGCAUCGGCUGGGGUUCGGUCGCUGAACCUUCGGAGGUUUUCAAUCGCCGCUGGUUUGUCAACGACUCGUCGCUGCUCACUAAUCCGUUCGGCGAAGUCGAUCGCGUACGGAUGAACCCACCGCGCGGAAGUUCCGCACUCGACCGCCCGGCAGGCCCGACCGAUCCGGAAAUCAGCUUCGUCUCCGUGCAAAGCGCCGAGGGCCGCCCUAUCGCGGUGUUGGCCAACUACUCGCUGCACUACGUGGGUGGCGUACGCUCUGGCGACGUCUCGGCCGACUACUUUGGCUACUUCGCCCGCUUCAUUGCGGAGAAACUCGAUGCCACCGACCAAAGCCCGCCCUUCGUCGGGAUCCUCUCCAACGGCACCAGCGGCGACGUGAACAACAUCAACUUCGCCGAGAAGAAUCCGCCGAAGUACGAUCACUACGAAAAAAUGCAGGAGGUCGCCGACAAAGUCGCCACUCGCGUUUACGAGGCCCAUCAACAGUUAGAGUUCCACGAUUGGGUCGAACUGGAUGCGGCCCUGACACAGUUGCCUCUAAAAGUCCGCCAGCCAACAACAGAGAUGCUCGAACACUUCAGUCGUACGAUCUCCAAAGAAGGAAAUUCACCCAGUACCCAUCGGCGCGAGGCCAUCUACGCCGAACGAAUCGCGGAGCUGAAAGACGCUCCGGAGCAAAUCAGCAUUCCGCUCCAGGCCCUGCGAAUCGGAGAUCUCGCCAUCACGGCCAUUCCGUUUGAAACCUUCGCCGAAACGGGUCUCGAACUGAAAGACCGCAGCCCCUUCCCCCAAACCUUCACUAUCGAACUGGCAAACGGUUCCUUCGGCUACCUCCCCACACCCACCCAACACCGCCUCGGCGGCUACGAGACAUGGCUAGGCACCAACUUUGUUGAGGUUGAAGCUUCAGAGAAGAUUGUGAACCGGUUGGUCAAGAUGUUGGAGGGGUUCGAAUCAACGAGUGACGAGGAUCGGCAAGUUCAAGUAGGAACCCGGCGUGGCUUCAAUCUCGUUACCUUCGUGAUAGAACGUGACCCGCCCUUCAAUCACGUAGAAGCCUUCUUCCUCAUGAUGAUGCAGAUGCGGCGGCGGGCCACCACCCGGAGGAACAGUCGCUUCCCAGAUCGCAUAACUCCCGUCGGUGUCUUCCUUCACGGCCAGAAACCGAUACAGGUCGCCAACCGCGUAGAACUUCUCUCCAUCAUCAGGCCCACGCACGACCGGGCUGCGACUGUUAUUCAUCGGUAA